AUGGGUGGGUUAUGUGAAAAUAGUACAACUGCAGUGCCAACGGAGUGGCCAUCUACUCCACCCCAUCUUAAACCUCCACCACUUGAGUACAGUUUACAGAGGGCUUGUAACAGUCAGCUGCUGAAGGAUGAUGUUCUUAAUGUAUCGCCGAGACCUUCCAACUAUAGAAAUCCAAGUUUACGUAUGGGGAGGACAUUCCGUGAUAAAUCAUCCAUUUGCUGGGACUCGCAGAAGGAGCAGUGCUUUGAAUCAGCCGCUGCUCGUCUUUCAGAUAGCAUGCCGACAUCUAAGUCCUCAGCAGAAAUGGUUAAAGAAAUUGCCACACUUGAAUUUGAAAUUGUGCAAUUGGAACGCUAUCUUCUUUCUCUUUAUCGGACAGCUUUUCAGCAGCAACUCCCAGGAACAUUAGGAAACCGCGGAACACAUUUACAGCAAAUGAGUGGAACUCUACAGGUUAAGGCUGAAAAAUCAUCUCUGAAAGUGGAACUCGACAUGUUAAAAGGUUACGAUGAUAAUCACAGUCAAAUUUCUCCUUCGAGUGCUUUAGCAGGCUCGAGUGAUCUGGUGACAGUGGCUACUCCGAAGUCAUCAUCUAGAAGGGAGAAGAAUUGUGCUUACUCUCCACACCGUAGCCUUGCAUAUCAUCUCGGAAAUUCUCAGAUAGAUGAUAUCCUCAAUUGUCCUGAUAGACUAUCAGAGGAUAUUAUAAGAUGCAUAUCUUCGAUUUACUGUAAAUUUGCCAACCCGAAACCAGCUCAGAAAGGCUAUUCAGUUUCUUCGGCUUCAUCAUUCUGCUCCUCUAGCACAUUUUCUCCAAGAAAUCAUUCUGGCAGUUGGAGUCCUCAAUGUAAUGAUGAACAUUUAGAGCGUAGGGAUUUUGAAUGCCUAAAACAAGAGAAUGGACCAUAUGCUGGAAUGAUAGAAAUCCGAAAGAUAUGUUUAGACAAUGAGAGUUACAAUUAUGCUGCUACAAUGCUACAAAAAUUCAGGUAUCUUGUUAAGGGUCUUGAGAAGGUUGACCCAAAGAAGAUUAGAAGGGAAGAGAAGCUUGCCUUUUGGAUCAAUAUUCACAAUGCCUUGGUGAUGCAUGCUUAUUUGGCAUAUGGAACUCAAAACUACAUAAAAAGUACUUCCAUCAUGAAGGCAGCUUAUAAUGUGGGUGGAUAUUGCAUAAAUGCUUACGACAUACAAAGCUCCAUUUUGGGAAUCCGACCACACUAUUCAUCACCGUGGCUUCAGACACUUAUCUCUCCUGGAAAAAGGUUCAAGACAGGGAGCGGCAAACAUCCUUAUUACAUUGAAUACCCUGAAUUGCUUGUUCAUUUUGCGCUUUGUUCAGGGGCAGAGUCGGACCCUGCGGUUCGGGUUUACACGGCAAACAAUGUAUUUCACGAUCUUAACGUCGCUAAGGAGGAGUUUAUAAAAGCUACAGUAUAUGUUCAUAAAGAAACAAAAUUAUACCUGCCAAAAAUCCUUUCCUAUUAUGCAAAGGGCAUGUCACUUGGCAUGACCGCGCUUUUGGAAAUGAUCAGUGAGUGUCUAUCUGGAGUUCAACAGAAAGCUAUUCGAAUGUGUGCCAAAAAUAGGCCUGAGAAGUACGUAUACUGGUUAGAGCAGAGUUCAGCUUUUCGAUAUUUAAUCCAUAAAGAAGUUUCUGAUGGAAGAUGGGCUGCUUGA